AUGUCGUUUUACACGAUUCAACGUCUCUCUGAUAUACAGAAUGAAUCAGAUCGUAUGUUAUCGCCAAUUGACGCUUAUCUGAAAUGUUCUAUUCUAACGUUGGACUUUAGUGUGAAGCCAUUGGAAAGUUUAAUUCCAGAUAUUACACAUAAUGCAAGGAUAGCGAAAGAAAGAACGAAGCAAUAUCCAGUAGAUGGUUUAACUCAAGAUGAAUCGGCAGCUAUUUAUUUAUAUACGAUGGAAUGGAAACCAAGUAAACAGUCACUGUAUUUCUAUUUGAAUAAUGCUCUUCGUGCUCAGAAUCGUCGUCUCUUGACACCAUAUGCUGCCUACCUUAAAUUGAUUCUAUCCGGUUUACAGAAAUUACCGUCGAUAGCAGAAAAUGUAUGGUCUGGUGUCGAGGCUGACCUGAGUUCACGAUACCGUGUUGGAAGUACAAUUGUAUGGUGGGGACUAAAUACGUGUGUAAAGUCUCCUCAAAUGCUCGAAUCAGCCGAGUUCUUAAGUGGAAAUGGUACGAGAACUAUAUUCACGAUUGAAUGUAGAUCCGGCAAACAAAUUCGUCAGCAUUCAUAUUUUCCAGAAGAAGAUGAAGUUCUCAUUAUGCCAGGCACACUAUUUGAAGUGCGAGCUGAAACUAAUGCUGCACCCGAUCUUCACGUUAUACAUUUAAAACAGGUGGAAUCGAAAUGUCCUUUCGCUCCACCACAUCCUUCCCAUAUGAGAAAACCCUAUCACAAUUCAGAACUGGAAAACUUAAUUCACCACAAAGCCAGCGUUCAGUUUGCUGAGUUCCGAGACAAAAGUUUGAACAAUGAAGACGUCGACAUUAUUGCUAGUGAAUUAGUAAAAAAUACGUACUGGCAAGACCUUAGUUUAUGUGAAAAUAGCAUUGGAUCGGUUGGUGCAGCAAGCCUUAGCAAAGCACUUUUGACGAAUUCAACAUUGAAGCAACUUCGACUAGUUAAUAAUGGACUCGGAGACGAAGGCGUUGAGUACAUAGCCUUAGCAUUACACGUUAAUACAACCUUAGAAUGUUUGUAUAUGCAAGGAAAUAAAAUAUCCAGUACAGGUACGAUGAAACUGUCUGUGAUGUUAAAAAUCAACAAGUCGUUAACGUAUAUACACCUGAGUGAUAAUAAUAUUGGUGACGAUGGUAUGGCAGCUUUGGUAAAAGGAUUACGACUGAAUAAAACACUCAAACAUCUCGAUUUAACUAAAAAUAACAUUACGAAUCGAAGUGCGGAAGUGAUUGAAGAGAUUUUCUCACAGAAUCAAACUCUUCUUUUUCUCAAAUUAAGUGAAAAUUUGUUUUCAAAUGAAAUUAUAUUUACAUUAUCUCAAACAGCAGAACAAAGCAACACUUGUGUUUAUUUCACAUAA